AUGUCUGAUUCCAAAGAUGUGGCAUCUGCUCAAUAUGGCAACUACUGGCGGCAGAUGAGGAGUAUUUGUGUCUUGCAUCUUCUCAGUGCAAAAAAGGUUCAAUCCUUUGGUUCAGUGAGAGAAGAAGAAGUCUCCGUAAUGAUAGAAGAGAUUAAGCAAGUUGCUCUCGGAAAGAGAUACAGUGGAGAACGAGGGACUAAACUUCGGGAGCCAUUGAAUGAGAUGAUGGAUCGGCUGGGUGGUAUAGUUAUAGGGGACUACAUACCUUGGCUUGAUUGGUUGGGAACAGCCAAUGGUAUGUAUGGUAGGGCAAAGAGAGUGGCUAAACAGCUUGAUGUAUUUUUUGAUGAAGUUGUUGAUGACCAUGUCAGUAAGAGAGAGCAUGAUGGGCAUGGCUAUGAUGAUGAUGAAGAAGAGCAGAAUGAUUUGGUGGACAUUUUGUUGAAUAUCCAAAAGACAGAAGCCACGGGGUUCCAGAUUGAUAGAACAACCAUAAAGGCAUUAAUCAUGUACCUCCUCAAUCCUAGAGUGGAUAAUGACAGAACUCUUGAGACACCCAAUUGUGAUGCAGAGCUACAAGGUGAGGUCAGGAAUGUGGUUAGUAGUAAAACUCGCGUGACUGAGGAAGAUUUAAGCAGCAUGCAUUACAUGAAGGCAGUGGUUAAAGAAACUUUUCGAUUGCAUCCCCCAGCUCCCUUAUUGCUUCCAAGGGAGUCCAUGGUAGACACUAAAGUGAUGGGUUAUGACAUUGCAAAGGGCACACAAGUAAUAGUGAAUGCUUGGGCAAUUGGAAGAGAUCCUUCUUAUUGGGAGCAACCUUUGGAGUUCCAACCAGAGAGAUUCUUAAAUAGUUCAAUAGAUUUGAAAGGACAUGAUUUUGAAGUGAUACCAUUUGGAGCAGGAAGGAGGGGCUGUCCAGGAAUAACGUUUGCCAUGAAUGAGAUUGAACUGGUCCUAGCAAACCUUGUUCACCAUUUUAAUUGGGAAGUGCCUAGUGGAGUACAGGGGCUUCAGACACUAGACAUAGCUGAAACUACUGGGUUGUCCAUGCGUAGAAAAUUCCCUCUCAUGGCAAUUGCAUCCCAUCCUGCAUAA